GUGAAAGGGCAACGGGCGGCACCACCGCCGGGCCGCCGGGGGGGAGCACCGGCCUCCCCCGCCUCCUGUGGGUUCUCCCGGCCUGCUGGUGCCGCCCCCUGCCCUUGGUGUGGCCGCUGCGCAAGGCCCGGCGGCGGCGAGGAGCGCAGCCAUGGUGAACUUCGCCCAAGCUGUGCGGGACCACUGGGUCCACAUCCUCGUUCCCUUGGGAUUCGUGAUUGGAUGCUACUUGGACAGGAUGAAUGAUGAGAAGCUGUCUGCCUUCAGGAACAAGAGCCAGCUGUACCGGAGAGAGCUGAAGCCUGGUGAAGAAGUUACAUGGAAAUAAAGGCUGCUGAUGAGAUGGAAAGUAUUUUCGUUUGAUUCAUCGUCUUAUCUCACAUGUUGGAAGAAUGGGAUUAUGGGGUUUAUCUUGAGAGAAUACGUAAAGCUACAGAAAAGGACACCUGCAAUCCAUCAGGGCUGGCUUAAUUUUCAAUCUUACUUUUCAGAAGAUGUAAUUACAUGACUAAUAGGCGUCCAGGAAUUACAUUAGUCCACAAGCGUUGAGAAACUCCUGUCCCCAGAUGUCAUGCUCUGGAGGGGGGGAGAAACAGCUGUGUAAUAAAGAAAAACUAUGCAAAAAUCA